CGCUAAGCGGGCGCAGGUUGAUGCAACCUCAGCACACAUCCCACCCACGACGAAUGAUUCGUUGCCCCUGGCCGAGCUGCGUCAUCAACUCUUCUUUUCAAACCGAGGCUGAGGCCAGUGGUCAUUUGGACACCCAUCAAAAUGCAAUGCUGGAGUCUUGGAAUGGUCCAACCAAAUGUAGCUGGCCCAACUGUUCCUCAACACUUUUCAAGGAGAAACACCUCCUCAAUAGGCACCUCAGAAACAUCCACAUCACUCCUCUCCGUUGCUCCGUUGUCGGAUGCUCUCGCCUCCAGCCGUUUGGCAAGGAAUCCGACCUCAAGCGCCAUGUCAAAGAAAUCCACGAAAACUUGCGCAUCCUUUGCCCUGUUGAGUCUUGCGAAUCAAACUCCAUUGGGUUCGCGAGGAAGUACAAUCUCGACAAGCAUAUGAGAGAGGAGCAUGUCAAUGUCAGGUGCACGCUGAAUCACUGCGGCGCAUCAAUUCUUGAUGGAGAACAGGAGUCACAUAUCAAGGAUGCUCAUGGUGACUACGAAUGCGCUCUCUCGGCUUGUGGAGAUGGUUUGCCCUCCCGUUUCACGAUGGAAGCAGCACGACUUCAUCUUAUCAGCGUGCAUAAGAUGGAUAAAAACACCGCUUACAGUCCAUUUAAUCCCUACUACAGCCUCCGGAAGAAUCACAUUAUUGAUCGAAAGGCUUUUGUGCGUUUUUAUUUGAUAAAGAAGUUCGAAGACUGUCAAGCUUGCUUGGACUCCCUCCCUGGAGCAAAUUAAACUUCCAAGAAUACAACUUCUUCUCGUUCGACCGUAGAUUUUGAUCAUGGGGGUGUUGUCUUGGCCUCUAUUCUUCCAACUUGAACUCUUCCCAGGUGAGAGUUGGGCAGGCGAUGUUAUCGAGGAGUCUUAGGAUUGGCGAGAGCUGGAAGGACGUUCUUUCGAAGUGGCACUGGAUUUUUCUUUCGUUUGGCUUGAGUGAUUUGCGACUAGACGCUUGACAGGGAUAUUGAUCCAGGAUUGGACUUGUGAAGGGCAAAGGACAUUCUUCAAAGCUGCAAUAGAUAUUCAUACAGAAAAUUGUUUUGUCAUGCUCGAC